GAAUUGUUUAAACUUUCAUUAGAUCAGUGUAUUCAUUAACACAAUGCGCGUGCUACAAAUUUUAAUUGGACUUUCUUUGCGAACCUUAUAAAAUCGGACGACAGGGAAGAACCUUGUUUGUUCGGAAAGUUCCACUCUGUUUCCUAAUGUUUUGAGGGUAAUCCGGAACAUGUUUUGUUCUUAUUUUCUCCAAAGUCUUCCGCAUUUACGUGCUAGUUAGGAGAGGUUGUUAAUUGGCCAUAAACGGUGUAGGAAAAGAAAUGUACCGAAUCAUCGCUCUUCCCAUAGGAGGCGCUUUCAGUCUUUGACAGUUCCGCUCACAGGGUUAAGAGGAACUUGUGGCAGCUCCCUGCUGCAGCAACCGAGAGAACCUGCUACUGUGCCCGUGAAACAGCGACUGACACUGUGUGAUAAAUAUUACAUGAUAAACACCUAAACCAAAAGCACUUCAGAUGGAUUACAGCGUGGGGAAUAAAAGAAGAAAUUUCACUGCGCUUUGAUCACUUACUUCUGAUAGGCCAACAUGGCCACAAGACUUUUUAUCUAUUGUUGGAAUGUUUUGUCAACCGUUUUUUGGAUUUUAAUGGCGCUCUGUGACUUUUCCUUUUGUUUUCCAUCGAAUAAUGUAGGACAACAGCCAAUUCUAACAGACCACGUGAUGUGUCGCCAACCAUUGGGAAUGACCUACGAUCUGAAUGCACCCUUUGUGAAUUUCACGCUUACGUCGACGGAGGGUAACGCUUCUGAUGCCGGACUGUACGGCCCCGAGACCUGGGCGGCCUCAAAGAUCGGAGACCACACUUACGUUCAAAUAAAUAUGGCGGAACCCGUCAUGGUCACAGGAAUGUUUAUUCAAGGGGACCCUGAAACUGAUCAGUGGGUGUCGUCAUUCCACGUGACGUACAGCGUUGAUUGCAUAACUUAUUAUCCAGUGUUUGACGUCGGCAUAAACCAAAAUUUUGCCGGAAACCUGGACCCUUACUCAGUGGCUGUGAUAGAGUUUCCUAACAUUUUUGUUGCAAGAUGCAUGCGAGUAAUUCCGACCGAACGCCAUCGAAAUGCAUCGGCGCUAAGAAUGGAAGUCAUCGGAUGUUUGGCCAACACGUGCAUAGGCACACAUCCGGUGGACUGGAACGUGGACCCCGUCAAAGACAACAUGGAGGUCAGGUUCCCGUCCGAGAAAAUCAUCACAGCCCUCACCAUUCAGCCCAAUUUCCCCUCCGAUAGCAAGUUUGCUGUGUCCUACAGUCGAUCAUGCGCUGAUUAUCACAAUGUCCAGGAACAGGGUGUUGUCAAGGAGUUUACGUCUAUCAGCAAUGACGCCAUUUUUAUUGAUCUGUCUCAAAAGCCCCUUCGUGCAUCUUGCUUACGUAUCACAGCUCUCGACGCUAAUAUUCGUGACGUCACGGACGUUGAAGUUCAAGUUAAUGGAUGCGGAUUUUAUGAAUAUGAGGCCCCAUUAGAAAGCUGUGGCAGAAAUCGCUAUCAGAGCGUUCGAAGAGAAAAGCGUGUGAUCGGGGGCUAUCACGCCUCCCCCGGGGAGUGGCCUUGGCUUGUAUCUCUCCACUUCAUGCCCUACAACAUAUUCACAAACCUCUCUCGCUUACACCACCUUUGCGGGGCUACACUUAUACAUCCUCAGUGGGUACUGUCUGCUGCACACUGCUUCAGCGAGGAGGUUGGCGAAGGUUUGUCCCUGGCCCGGAACUGGAAGGCCGUGGUCGGCGAACACAAUCAGCUGGGGAUGGACGGAACAGAGCAGGUGUUAAACGUUGUCAGCAUUCACAAACACCGACAGUUCUUUAUCAAAGCGGAUUACCCCAUCCUCCAGGAUAUUGCCUUACUUAAACUGGAGCGACCCGCUGUAUUGUCAGACUACGUCAAUGUUAUCUGUUUGGACGUGGACAACUCCUUUCCCCCCGGGACCCCGUGUGUGGCGGCUGGGUGGGGUCAAAACAAACUUGACGCAGCUAUCAGAGUUGGAACAGGCGUCAAGCUUCCUUUACACGCAGAAAUACCCAUAAUUCACCCGCAGGACUGUGACGAUCGUUACCGACGCCUUCCGGCGGACCACUUCGCCAAGGCCUCGGUGUCGAUACAAGACUCGGUCCUCUGUGCAGCCACAGAGCAAGGCGGAAAAGACUCCUGCUGGGGAGAUUCCGGGGGGCCUCUCGUCUGUCGUCGAGGCGAUCACUGGACACAAGUAGGAAUCGUUUCUAUUGGUUUAGACUGUGGUGACGUCAACUUUCCCGGAAUAUACAGCAAGGUUUCCUUCUACGUCGACUGGAUCACCAAAACUAUUCGGCAGUUCUCGGACAACAACAUUCUUCCUACAUGGCUAGUAGACCAUCGCAACCAUGUGGUCUAAUCGAUUAAAUCAAACAGAACUCAAUAAAAUGCAAAACAAAUCAUGAAAACAAAUGAUUUCGAUUACUAAAGCCAUUUUAUAUAUCGAGUUUAUACAAAUUCUUCGUACAUAUUCUUUUUAUAGUAUUAAAUUCACGUUUUAUGACCAAUACGAAGUUUUUUCUUCCCUUCAUUCUUCAUGAUUUUAUAAAAGGAAGUGUUCGAAUGAUACAUGAUCAAAAGAAGGAAGUGUUCGAUUGAGCAGCAAAUAUGGACUGCAUACAAACGCUAUGGAAGACACAAAAGGAUCGUGAAAUUCCGGUUAAGGUGCUUCAUCUGUGUUGGUUCAAAGCCGGAGGAUCUCUGUAGAUUACAUAUUUUCAUGCUUUAACUUUGUACACAAUAUGGCGGACUACUUGCAUGUUCUACCUCUGUUGUUGACGUUUGUCCCCCUUUAUUUUUCUUUCUUGUCUCACUAUAUAUAACACAGGCCAGACUGGCACGCUUUGAUCGAGCGUCAACCCGAGGCUUGGACACUUGAAUUGUGAUUUUAUUAUUAUUUUCUUCUUUUUUACAACUCUAAUGUGCCUCUAGUCUUAUCAUGUGCCUUACAUGUAUAGCUUACAUGUAAAUAUUUUGAAUUAAAUUAUUUGAUCAGCC